AUGUCUAAGUUCUGGCCCAAAGGAGGCCUUCCUGGCAUUCUGCACCACUACACUGAAACCCUCGUCACAUUCGAAUAUGCCUCCAGCACAGUCCGCCAACCCCACAGUCUGCUGUUUGUCGGCGGACUCGGCGAUGGCCUCGCAACAACCUCCUACAUGGCCGAUCUGGCGCGCGCCCUCCAAAACUCCGAAUGGUCCCUCUUCACACUGAACCUCACAUCCUCCUACCAAUCCUGGGGUGUCGGCCACCUCGACCGCGACACCAGCGAGAUCGCCCAAUGUCUGAACUACAUCAAAGAAUACAAAGCCGAGAAAUUCGGCGGCGGCAAGAUCGCCAUGAUGGGCCAUUCCACGGGAAGCCAGUGCGUCCUGCACUACCUCUCUCAAUCAAACCCGCACACAAAGGUGCCCGCCUUCGAUCCCGGGCUUGAGCACGUCAGCCGGCCCGCGCUGGACGGUGCGAUCAUGCAAGCACCGGUUUCGGAUCGCGAGGCGAUCUUUUGGGUUUUGAAGUGGGGGAUUGGGGAUACGACGCCGGAGAAGGCGCGGGCUGUCUAUGAUGAGAUGGAGGCGUUGGCGAGGGAGGCUGUUGCGGAGGGGAAGCCUCAUGAUACUCUGUUGCCCUUGUCGUUGACUUCGAUGAUCUAUCCGGCGAAUACCCCGAUCAGUUGUCGGCGGUUUUUGAGUCUUGUUAGCCCUGAGAGUCCACAGGCGCCGCAGGAGGAUGAUAUGUUUAGUUCGGAUCUGAGUGAUGAGCACUUUGGGACUACAUUUGGAAUGAUUCAGCAGCAGGGAUUGUUGAAUCAUAAGUUGAUGGUGUUGAUUUCUGGGAAGGAUCAGUCGAUUCCGGAUUGGGUGGAUAAGGAUAAGAUGCUGGCUAGGUGGCAGAAGGCGACUGAUCAUGAUGGCAAAUAUCAGAUCUGGGAUACGAAGCACACGGGUGUCAUUCCUAACGCUUCUCAUGCGUUGAGUAAUGAUGAUCAGGCGGAGCCAAGGAAGUGGCUUGUUGAGAGGGUUUUGGGAUAUCUCAAGACCGCGGCGGAGAAGGCUUGA